GAGGGGAGGGGAGGAGUUAAGUGUGAACGCAAACACACGUCGACAUGUCUUGUUAUUGACUUUUGCAAGUUUUGCGUGCAGGAGUGAGGCGACACACGGCGUCAUCCUGAAACGAUGUGGUGGUUGGUUGCUAGCUGCACUGGCGGAGCAGUUCUACUGUUUUCGCUGUAUAAAUGGGUGAUCCCCUGCACUGUGCAGUAUCAUGGGGGCCUGGCACUCUUCUGGCAUGAUGUCAUUGUGGAAUGGGUACUGGACAAGCUGACCCAGUCCACACGUCCUCAGAGGCUCCUUGCUGCAGUACAAAAAACGGCCACAAGAGGGGAUCCUCGAAGCGUGGUUAAAGCCAUUGAUGACUUCUGCACCCACAAUGAGUGGGCCAUGAACGUAGGCAACGAGAAAGGUUGCAUUCUUGACUCUGUGGUGUCCGAGGCCAAUCCAUCUUGUGUGCUUGAGCUGGGCACCUACUGCGGCUACUCCGCAGUUCGUAUCGCCAGUUUGCUGCCACCUCACGCCAAGUUCAUUACACUUGAAUUUAAUCCCGACUAUGCCGCUAUCGCUCGGCAAGUCAUUGCAUGGGCGGGUGUUGGUGACAAGGUGCAGUUAGUUGAAGGGGAUUCUGGUGAAUGGAUCCCUAAACUGAAGGCGCAUUUUGGAGUAAAAACAUUUGACUUGGUUUUUUUGGACCACUGGAAGAAUCGUUACCUUCUCGACACCAAACUGAUGGAGGAAUGCGGCCUCUUGAGGAAAGGGAGUAUCCUGCUGGCCGAUAACGUUAUCUGUCCUGGCACGCCGGACUACCUGGAGUACGUCCGGCACAGCCCGCAGUAUAAAAGCCAGUACUUCAAAUCUCAUCUGGAAUAUACAAAGGCAGAGGAUGGCCUGGAGAAGUCCAUUUUCUUAGGGUAGUUUCUGUCCAAUUUUUCAAACACCAUUUCGUAUAUGCUGUUAACUACCACUGUCAUAGGAAGCCAUAUAAAAAAAAAAAAUGAAAGAAUCAAAUUGGCGGCACGCUGGACGAAUGUUAGCACGUCCGCCUCGCAGUUUAUUGGUGCAGGGUUUGAUUCCGACUUCGGCCUUUCUGUGUGGAGUUUGCAUGUUCUCCCCGUGCCUGGUGGGUUUCCUCCAGGUACCCUGGCUUCCUCCCACAUUCCAAAACACAUGCAAGGUAGGCAGAUUGGCUCCUCCAAAUUGCCCGAAGGUGUGAGUGCGAAUGGUUGUUCGUCUAUGUGUGCCCUGUGAUUGUCAGUUCAGGGAGUCCCUCGCCUACUGCGAGAAGUCACCUGGGAUAGGCUCCAGCACUCCAGUUUGCAAAGUGGAUGGAGGGAUGAAACAAUCAAAUGGAAAACAAGAAUUACAUCAGUAAGUGUAUUCUUCAUGUCGUAAUCCAGUGAUCCUCAAAGUACCACUAGAGGUAGUGGUACACGAAAGUACGCCCAAGUUGUAUUUAACUUUAAAGUUCAAUAUAUUUCCCAAUGUAGACACUUAACAAUAAAUACAACUCAAAUAGAACACAAA